CAUCAAACCAAAAAAAAAAAAAAAAAGAAGAAGAAUAAAAAAACUUGUUUAAACAACUCCUUACCUUUGCAAUCUUGCAUCCCAGCAUCAGGCAGUGCAUCAUCAUUCAUCACCUUCUCCUCCUUCCCGAUCCAUCCAUCUCCUUCCUUGCAUCUACUAUUUUAUUAUUGCAAUCCACUCCCCCACUGUGCCUUUCUUGGUGGUGGUAGUAGACUAGUAGUAGCAGUAGCUGCAUUCUUGCAGAGGCAGCCGAGGAAGUGUGUUGAGUCAGUGGCCAUCCAUGGCGGCUGGCAGUGGCAGAGAGGAGGCUGCUGCUGCUGCAGGGUACGGGCGCGGGCCGCCAUGGGUGUUCAGGGGCAGGGCAUUGUACCAGCUGCAUUUGGUGAAGGCGGCGACGGCGCGGGCGUUCGUGCCCAGGGAGCUCCGCCUCGUGGAGGCCUUCGGCUACACCCUCGGCGGCAUGUUCCUCGCCCGCUACGACGACAGCCCCGCCGGCAAGUUCGACGAGCUCGUGGUGAUCGCCGGCAUCGUGUGGAACCCGCCGACCUCCUGCGCGUGGGCUGCUAGAGUGCUGGUGAACAGUGCCGAAGCCUGCCGGCAUGGUCGCAAGGAAGUAGGUCUCCCAAGCCAUGUUGCUACAUUCUCACAGACUGAAGCUGAUGCGCUUAGAAACAAGCCAUUGGUUAAAUCAAACAGCUUCCUGAGCUUGCUUGGAAUGCGCUCAACUGUCUCCAACCAAGGGAAUGACCGUGAGAUCGAGAUCUCAGAGACCAAGGGCUCUUGUACAAGACAUUUGUGCAACAUUAGUGUACCGCUUACUGGGUCGCAUAAACACAAGUGGAUGGGUCCAGCAAUCAGAAUGUCUCUUCCAAGCUUCAGUGGACAGAUAGAGGACCAUCCUGAUCUUCUCAAGUACUCUUGCCAAGUGGAAUGCAGAGUGCGCCCGGUAAGGCCUGCUAAGAUUUGGAGACCAAGAAUUACUGAACCACAGGAGUGUCCUGAUGGCAAGAUCAGCAGCAAAGGCUCGGAAGUAUUAGCUGAACCGGAUGCGCAAAAACAUACCGUUAUGGUCUUGUUAUCUAAGCCUAUCUUGGCUCUGGAGUUCAACUCUCUGGAAAUGCACGUUGAUGCUCCGAAAAUCGUCAUCCCACACUCCAAGAAAAAGGAAGUCAGGUACUCUAGUACAUGAAUUUGAUGUGGGUUAUGUACCAAUGUACCAUGGCUCACAAACCAGGAGUUUUGACCACUUUUGACCUGGUUGUUUGAUGAGUUUUUACAAUUUCUAGUUGGGUUUUUACCAUCAUUUUUUUUCUCUCUUGCUAGUAAGGAAGGGAGAUGGAUGUGUAUCAUCUCUUGCUUAUGUUUUUCUUGGAGUGAAGGGUCUAAAGAAAUUGUGUUGAAUAUGCAAAGUACUUGCUGAGUUGAAAGUUUGGUAUAAUUUGAAAACAGAUAUACAGCUAUAUGUACAUAACAGUUGCAGUAAUGUUUCUUCAAUGAAAA